AAAUAAAUAUGAAUAUAUAAUGUAAAAAUUUUCAUUUAUUUUUUCUUGAAAAAUAUUAAAGUUAUGAUAGUUUAUAAAUAAGCUUUUAUAUAAUUAAAUUAUUAAAAAAAUUAAUAAAUUAUUUAAUAAUUAAUCUUUUUAGUAUUUUUAUACAGUGACAUCUUUAGAAUAAUAUUCUAAAGAUCUGUCAGAUUUGAAUAUUAUUUUUUAGGUUAUAUUUAAGAAUUAAGAAAUUGGAAAGAAUAUUUACAAUAAAAAUUAUAACAAUAUAUAUUUAAAUAUAUAUGUUUAAAUUAAAAUUUUUAACAAUGAAUUUCGUGGAUGAUAUACGAAAAGUUCAACGUGCACUUCUAGACGAAGCUCUCACAAAGGGAAUUCAACGCAAUGAAGAACAAUGUAAAAUAUGGACAGCCUACAAAAAGAAUCAUCAAAAAGUUGCAGAAACAUUACAAAUUUUUCAAAAAGAUUUAUAUGUAAAUUGUAUGAUACCUAUUGGAAAACGAGCUUUAAUGAAAGGAAAAUUAAUUCAUACUAAUGAAAUACUUGCUUCUUUGGGUGAUGGAUAUUUUGCAAAAUAUAGUGCUUCAGGUGCUAUAGCUCUUUGUAAAAGAAGAGUACAAAGAGCUGAAGAAAUGUUAAAUAAUUUAAAUGCAGAAAGAGAUUUAUAUGAAACAAGAAUGAUGAUGUUAGAAAAUAAUCUUUUUGAUGAUUUUGUUGGAGGAGAGAUUAUAGAAUAUUGGAAUGAAAAUCAAAUUACAGAAUGGAAAAAAAAGCAUAGAGAAAGAGAAAGAAAGUAUCAUCAGAAAUUAGUUAAAUUGAAACAGGAAGAAAAAAAAAAGAUAGAGACAGAAGAAGAUUUGUUUAAUAGACUUGAUCAACUUGAAAUUGAAGAAGAAUUAGCAGAUGAAUUAAAUAGAUUAGAAGAUUAUGAACAUUUUGGAAAAGAAUUACAAGAUGGAGAAUGUUAUUAUGAAUCGGAAAGUUCAUCUGAUAGUGAAAAAGAAGAAAGCUUUAAAAAAGAAGAAAAACAAGUUCUGAAUUCUGAUACAAAACAAACCAAAGAUUCUGUUGAAGUUUGUAAAAUAAAAAAAUUCGUUUCAUUUGUAGAACCAGAAGAUAUUUCAAAAAAAGAAGAAAAUUCGAUAAAAAAAAAAGAAAAAGACAAUGAAAGUAUGGUAGAUAUGGAAGAUUUUUUUCGAAUAGAAUUCAGUCAUUCUGAAAAUUUUGUUUUAAAAUCAAAAGGAAAUUUAAUAGAAACUCCAGCAGAUAUUUAUAGAAUAUUUUCAAAACCUAAAUCUAUUUUAAAAAAAUCAUUAAAUGAUAUGAAUUCAGAACAACUUGUUCCAUCUAAGCAUAGUAUGGAAAGAGAAGAAGAAGAAGAAGAAAAAGAAGAAGAAGAAGAAGAAGAAGAAAUUAUUCAAUCUUCAGCUUACGAAAUUGUGAUAAAAGAUAUUAAAGAAAGAAGUAUAACAGAAGUAACAAAUGAAAUUUUGAAAAAGAAAGAAGAAAAUAAAAAUAUCCGGCCGAUUAGUAAAUUUAAAAGAGAUCGUCAAUUAAAACAAUAAUAACAUGUACAAUAUUGGAUAAUUAUUUUAGUAAUAUUUUUAUUAAAAGAAAAUUAAAAAAAAAAUGUUGAAGAAGAAAAUUCAUUUUUAUUUUAGAUAUUUUCUUUUUGAAUAAUAUCAGAGAUUCGUUAAUGAUAGGAUAUUAAUGUAUUACUGUAAUAUAUUUUAGAGGAUAAAUGAAUAACGCCAGCUUUCUAUGAUCUAGAAAUAGUAUAGAUAGAAUCUAAUCCAAAUUUGGUGUUAUUAUUUCUAUUGUUUGUAUAAGUUCUGAUGUAAACGUGAUUAUUACAUUAUGUCAUUGAAUAAAAUCAUUUUUAUAAUA